GUGACGGUAAACGUAACGAUCGUCAGUUUCCACAGGUGUUGGUAGAGUGGUGUUCGAAUAAUUUAAUUUGGUAAACAUGCACAUAAUGGUGGCCAUGUUUCAGUGAAGAUGUCAGUUUAUGAUCCUACAAGUUCCGCAAGCGUGGAUCAUCGAAGGAAAUGGGAUCGGGAGGAGUACGAACGAAAAGCACACGAACGAUUAUUAGCAGAAAAAGACGAAGAAAUAAAAGGGAAACGCAAGCUGCCACGAUUUCCGGACGAACCGAAAGUGAAACGAGAACUACUGAAAGCUCGAGAAUAUAAGGUUGAUUUGGAAUCGAAAGUUGGUCGUACAGUUGUUAUCAACAAAACAACACCAUCAGCUGAAACUGGUGGAUACUACUGUGAUGUUUGUGAUUGUGUCGUUAAAGAUUCUAUCAAUUUUCUGGAUCAUAUUAACGGGAAGAAUCAUCAGCGCAACAUGGGCAUGAGUAUGAAGAUAAAACGAAGCACAUUGGAUGAAGUACGACAGCGAUUCGCUUUCAAAAAAGCUCAAAGAGAAAUGCAGAAAAAAGAAGAUGAUAUGCAGGGCAGACUGGAGGAUUUGAAAGAGGAAGAGGCACGUAUGGCUGAUUAUAAGAAAUCUAAACGCUUGGAACAGAAGAAACGGAAAUAUCCUGAAGUCCAAAUUGAUGAAGAAAUUGCUGCAGCUAUGGGAUUUGGUGGAUUUGGUACCACUAAAAAGUAGUGGAGUUGGAAUUUUUCGGUUUUUUUUUUUUUUUGUUUUCAAUGUACAUAAAUUGAAUUGCUCUUCCUAUGUCUUAUUCGGUAGUUCCUUCCAUUUUCAAGUGAACUGACGAAUUUGUCUUUCUUUUUUGGAAAGAACUGAAUUGACUUUUACUACUAUUAUUUUGGAGGAUGUAUACGUGUAAAGC